AUGGAGGGGCUAUACACCUGCUUGAGAUGCGCUAGAGCUCUCUCGGGCGGUGGUCGGCAACUGACGACCUCUAGACUUGUUCAGCGAAUACCCAGUCGUCGCAGCUUCACCUCGACCUCCUCGUUAAAGUCACUGCCGCACAACCACUCGAGCACAGAGCCAACCGCAAAUCCGAAAAGAUCGAUCCGGUCAGCAUCUACUGCAGCAGCACCGGCAGCAGAAGAAGAUAACUUUGAGCGACACAAUAUCCCGCCGACGGACUACGGCGAAUGGCGGGCCCAUGGGCGAACAGUCCUCGGCCCCGACAACUUGUUCCAUCCUUUCUCGAGAUCGCCCAUAGCAGCGAUUCGGCAGCGAGCACGGUUUAUGAAACAGCACGCGCUAUGCCCCCAUCCCGCACAUCAACAGACUCGAGUACCCACCUCACCGCACGAUCCCGAAUCGAGGAAGAUCGAAGGCGUCAGUAACGAACCGCCGGCACAUGUGUCUUUCGAGUGCCCAGACUGCGGAAUAGCCACCUACUGCUCAGAGGAACACUGGGCCGAUGACUUUGAAGCACACUUGGAAAUAUGUGAUACCCUGAGGCAGAUUAAUGGAGACGACCAUGAUCUGAGGUCUGGAAGAUGGUUUCCCGAGUUUGAGUAUCCGGGUCCGCAGAUCGACGAGGCCUUGGUCAACAUGACCAACUGGGAUACAUUUCUCUACACGCGCCAGUUUGAGGCAAUAAACCACGAUAGGAGCAUGCGGCAGGCCACGAAGUUGUUGACCUAUCCUGUCACUCUUGGAAGUGUGCUCCACGAGCUGAGCCCAUACACGAUCCGAACUGGAGGGAGACUUACUGCAGAGGGUUUGAAGAGUUUGUCAGCAUUACGAUAUACUUUGCAUCCGCCGAAGACCGGCCAGGGCAAGGACAUCAAAGGUCUCAGGCUCUCAAGUCCCCCUGUCCGGCUAUUCGUCCUCGGAGCUCGAGCUGAAUCUUCACUGCCCCGUGAGGUCUGGAGUCAACUAUCAUACCUUUUCCCCCAGGCGCUCAUCCAUCUCAUCUUCAUUGGCCCCGAGUCUAUGCUGAACCGUGACUCGGAGUUUCCACUCCCCGAACGCAGCGCCACUAAUCCUUUCGGAGCGAUUGUCGAGGACCGAGUAUCGGCCAAGAUGAAGAUCACCACCUACGUCGAUUACUUCCAUACCCUACACGAAGCCAAUACUUUCUACCCUUACGACCCCUACUUCGACUGCUUCAUGCUCUUUCAUCCCGGCCUGGGCCAUCCGGCGUCCUCGCACGAGUGGGAAAAGACCUUGCCCCAACUGCUUGAGACGAAAGUCCCUGUGAUAUGCACCGGAUACACGGAAUGGGACAUGAACCGUGACUGGCAGUGGGUCAUGGAGAAAUGUGCGGGCGAAGUCGACCUUCUGAUGGAGCCUGGGGAGAAUCGGUUCCGGUCGUUACGGUGGGACUUGAACGACCUAGAUCCGCAGGACAUCAGUUGUGGAAACUGGGGUGUCUGGGCUUUUAGAGGAAAGAGGUAUGUCCUAUGUUCUGUCACGACGUUGACUACGUUCGGCCAGAUUUCCGGCUGGAAAAUAUUCGAACACGCUUGCUGA